AUGGGUGAGGAGACGGGUGCCUGGUUUGACUACUGCUCUGAACAUGGACGGAUCCUGGAGUUUUACCCAUCCAACCACAGUCCUCUCUGGGUCAGCUGCUUCUCUGAACUGAGCAUCCUGGGCAACUAUUUGAAAUACCUGGAGGCCAACCAGAUCCUGACCUACCGGUACGGGGUCCCGACCUCUCUCCAGAAGACAGGCCAACAGUGGGACUUCCCCAAUGCCUGGGCGCCCCUGCAGGACCUCGUCAUCAGAGGUCUGGCCAAGUCUCCUUCCCCUCGGACCCAGGAGGUGGCUUUCCAGCUGGCCCAGAAUUGGAUCCUAACCAACUUUGACGUCUACUCCAAAAAGUCAGCCAUGUACGAGAAGUAUGACAUCAGCAGCGAUGGGCAGCCAGGCGGUGGAGGGGAGUAUGAAGUUCAGGUGAGUGGGCCAACAUGCCCCAGGGAACCACAGGGUUCCGCUGUCCCCACAACUCACCGUGACCUCCCCAAGCUAGGCCUGGCUCCUCCCCCCGUGUGGUCCACAGGGAGCGUGGCUGUGCUCCCUGGAACCCCCGGGGGGCUUGCCGGGACCAGAGCCCCUGGGUGGAGACCCACACCCGCCCUGGCGCGCCUCUGCAGGAAGGGUUUGGCUGGACCAAUGGAGUGGUCCUGAUGCUGCUGGACCGUUAUGGCGACCGGCUGAGCUCGGGGACCCAGGGAGCCUUCCUGGCGCCUGGCUGCCUCCCAGGUGCCCUUCUGCUUGGCCUCCUGCUCAGCCUUCCGCCACACUGAUGGCUUCACUGCCCCAUCUGCUUUCACUUCCUCAUCUGACCCCAGCUCCUGUGCAUUGAACUUCUGCAUGAGUUCCUUCCUUGUCCUGCCUCUUCAUCCUCCAUUCCUAGACUCUAUUCCUCUUCCCUCAUCCACCCAGCCAGUCCUGGUCAUAGUGAGUCAGGAAGUUCAAAACAACUAUGAUUAAUAUGUUAGGUGCUAUAAUGGGAAAAGUAGGCCAUAUGCCAGAACAUAUAGGUAAUGUAAUCGAAGAGAUGGAAAUUCUUAUAAAUAUGAGUAAAUGAGAAAUAUCAGAAAUAAAAAAACACUGUAGCAGAAAUGAACAAUGUCUUUGAUGGGCUCAUUAUUAGAGUGGACAGAGCUAGGGAAAGAUUCAGUGAGCUUGAGGAGAUGUCAGGAGAAACUUCUAAAACUCAAAAAAAAAACAAAAGUCUGAAACAAAGAACAGAAUAUCCAAGAACUGGCUGACAACUACAAAAUGUGUAUCAUAUGUAUUAAUGGGAACAACAGAAGGAAAAGAAAGAGGGAGGAACAGAAGUAAUAUUUGAAGCAAUGAUAGCUUGAGAAUUUCCCAAAAUUAAUGUCAGGCAGCAACCAACUUAUCCAGGAAGCUCAGAGAACACCCAGCAGAAUAACUGCCCCCAAAUAUGCACCGAUGCAUAUCACAUUCAAGCCACAGGAAAUCAAAGAUAAAGAAAAAAAGUCUUGAAAGAAACCAGAGGAAAAGAUGACAUUACUUGUAGAGGAAUAAGGUUAAGAAUUACAUUGUAUUCCUCCUCAGAUACCAUGUAAGCAAGAAGAUAGUAGAGAGAAAUAUUUAGGGUUGAAAGAAAAAAAGUGAAUGUAUAAAAAAAUGAGAAUAUCAAGAGAUAUAAAUUGUGAAAAUAAACCAAGCAGAUUAUG